AUGGUCGGCGAGUCUUUUACAUCACCUUCUUCUCAUUCGGCGGCGGAUUCUGAAAGGAAUAUCUCGAGCCUAGCAAACCCCGAUGUCAAUCCUUUGGCAAAUAAUGUGCUUCCGCAUAUUCGUGAUGCAGUCGUUGGCAUAUUCGAAAGAGUUGGUACGAUAUCUGCGAAAGACGCUUGUUCGUUUGCGUCAUCAUGUAAUUUCCUGAACCAAACAUUCAAGGAACCAUCUGUGAUGAGGGUUAUUAACCUAUCAGCUUUCGUCAAGAGGCCGAUUGUAAUUCAGAGCUACCCUACCUUUUUUGAGUCAGCGAUCAACUCAGGUAAUCCAACUGCACUCUAUCUUCGUGGCAUGAGCAGAAUAACGGCUGCUAAUGAUAUCGAAGGUUCUCUGAGGGUUGGAUAUGUUAGACCGUGUAUAGUGGCGGACCUACGUUAUGGGUUGGGAUUUCAAGUAAAAAUUAAUCCUGGGUCUGCCACUGACCGUGUAUUUGGUUGGAGAGCAACAAUCGAGCAUAUGAUCUUCAUUGGGGAGCAAAACCGCCUCCGCCGCACCGAUAACGAUGACCCAGUCGCCGUUUCUGUUGCGACGACCCCAACAAUUUUCAGAAGACAAGCUAUGAUCCGGUUUCCGGACCGACUGUUUGCCUUAGGCAACGAACCGGCGAAUAAGAAGGUGAAUACCUACUUCCAGCUACCUUAUCUCGACACAAUAAGUCAUGCUUUGGAAGAAGACCAUAUGGAGAAGCUGUCCCUGUCCCAAUUUGGAAAACUUAUUGAAGCAGGCAACAAGAUAUCAUCAUCAGUCAGAUUUCUUCAUUUCAUUUUGUCGAGGCAGCUGGUUACAAAGAAAAAAGAGCUUUGGUGCCUCUUUGCUGGCCAGCGAAUUCACUUUUCUAUAAGAGAGUUUGCUAUUACGACGGGGUUAGAUUGCUCCAAUUUACCACCGCCGAAAAAGUUGAAGGAAGACAAGGUCAAUGAGUAUACCAUUGAAUUGUUUGGUGCUGAGAGGAAUGCAACCCCUGGAUGGAUAGAGACUACCCUUGCCGGCCGACCGUACAAAGAUAAAGCUACCAGAUUCAAGUUGGCAUGUUUACUCCUCAUUGACGGUAUUGUCUGUCCUACUUCAAAAAAUGCCAAAAUUAGUGCCGAGCACAUCAUGCUGGUACAAGAUGUUGACAAAUUCCUGGAAUAUCCAUGGGGUCGGAAAUCCUUUGAUCUGACUAUUCACAGCAUCAAAAUUAGGAUAGCUACGAAAUUGUACCUUUGUCAGCCAACAUGUGCUUUUCAGGGUUUUCUACAUGGAUUACAGAUGGUCGUUUUGGAGUGUGCUCCUUCUAUUCUGAAGAAGAAUGUAAAAGGUAAAUCAACCAAGCAUACCCUGAGGGAUGACGAUGAUGAAGAAGAAUUCCCAAGUAUACGGACUGGUUCUAUGAAACCAAUUAAUAUCUCGAUGCCUCAUGUGAAGUCUCUCGACAAUAAUCAAAAGGUGGCUGUCACAGCAAUUUUACCGAACGAUGAACAUCUUUUGGAUGAUACCGAUCUGGAGUUUGAUGAUGAUGUCUCAGACGAAACCGUAGCAAACUUACUGGCAGCAAUCAAUGAAGGCCAUAAAUUUUCUAGGAAGACAUGGAAUGGCGGUGAAAAAGCAAGUCUUCAUCAAAACCAGCCAAAGGCACCAGCGUCAUCGUCUCGGAACACAUCGUCUGAUGUGGAUUUAGAUCCUGCUGCUUCUUCCAUUCUUGAAAAGGUGGAACGUGAUAAUGCGUUGGUUUCUUCCUCGGAGGAGUCCAAGUCCUCAGAUUCAUCGAAAGAUGAUGACGGCGAUGACGGUACCAAGAGCAAGGAUCCAAGCAGUCCUUCUACCGAAAGUGACGACGGUGAGGAUAGCAAUGUCGGUGAUGUUGUUGAAAUUGAUGAUGGUGAUGACCAUGAAGAUAGAAGGGAAGCUGAUGCUGAGGGAUCUGGAGAUGCUGGCGAUGUGGGUAGCCAAAUGCCAGUCGACGUUGAUGAUGUCCAAGACGAUGCUACACUCGCGAGCAACCAGAUUGCGAGUGUGCUGUCUGAUUUAUCAGAAAAAGUACAGGUUAAUGUAGAGGCUUCAAGAACCCAGCCUGUGUCAUCACCACUACCACAUGUCAAUCUAGAGCUUUCGGAAAUUAUACCAAUGGUCUCCGAGAAUGAGUCCGGCAGUGUUAGCACACGUCAAAUGGAAAACGAUGGGGCGAAUGACCAAACCGGUGCCGAGAAAGAUGUCCCACCUGUUGUAACCAACAACCAAACCGGUGCUGUUCAAGAUGUCCCACCUGUUGACACCAACGACCAAACCGGUGCCGAGCAAAAUGUCCCACCUGUUGAGACUAACGACCAAACAGGCGCCGAGAAAGAAGUACCACCAGAAUCCCAGGUAUUGGGGGAGGAUGUCACAAAUGCCCAGAAAGAGAUCGAUAUUCCAGCAGGCGUUGAUCCUCCUGUUUGGUCACUGGGUCUUACACAGGAAGAAAAAAAUAUGGCCCAAACAUCUCAGAAAGGAGCAGAAGAACAGGGAGCUAUUCGCAAGAGUAAACGACUACCCGUCCCUUCAUCACAGAUGACCGACUUUAUAGUCCCACGACCUAAACAUGCUAACAAGACUGAGAAAUCGGUUGACCUGUUGCAUUUGUUUUCAACACCGAACUUUGAACAAGUCAUCCUCCUCCAGAAUAGAAUGAAAGACACUCGGAAUUUUCCUAGUUGGGAUGGGAUUGUCCUCUUUGUCAACAUUUUGAAAGAAAUUGUUGACCUGAAAUUCCCAAUUUCCGUUAUGUCUAUCGACAGCAUUAUUAGGUUAUUCCGUCAUCAAUUGGCGGAAUUGAACGACGUUCGGUGCACUUAUGACUUUGUUGAGUACACGUUCCUUCACGGCAUCGUUGAAAUCCUUCCGCAAUUCACAAAUCCCCCAAAAAGGAAACUUGUCUCACUCCCUCCUGGUUCAGCUGCAUACGUCAAAGCCAGGCGCUCAUGGUACACUCAGGUUGCUCGGAUUUAUUGUCCCUAUCAAGUGGAUGACCAAUACUGGGUGGGGCUAUGCAUCGAUUUUGAAAGCCACAAGAUUAUGGUACUGAAUGCGUAUGCGACACUCAAAGAGAUGAAACUUAAGACAAGUGUCGCACCACUUGCACAGUCUCUACCACAUUUUAUCAAGAGGGUAGCAUACAAUACAGAGAUGAAAGCUGACGACAUAACGGCGUUCACAAUAAAAAAUUUUAAACCAAUGUUCCAAACAUCGGCAUUAGGUUAUCUGGGUGUGCUGGCACUCAUGUCUAUUCAGUUGCACGCUGCAAAUAUGCCUCUAGACUAUGCUGUGGGUGAUGAUGUUGUUCGUGACGCUUCUCUGAAGUUUGCUUAUGAUCUCCUAUGUUUGAUCGAACCGCCUUCUCUAGCCGAUGUCGUAAUUCGAAAGGACCCUGCAGCUUGA